UGAACCUCUGUGAGGAGUCACUGUCCUGCGCGACGCAGCCGAAACGCAGCGAUGGAGAUUUUCUCCGUGUUUGUCUCCGCGCUUUUGGUCUGUGCGGUCAGCGCUAGUAUCCCUAAUGAUGGAAUCCACUGGACAUACACAGAGGGAGCUUUGGACCAAAUGCACUGGGCAACCAAGUAUCCUGCAUGCGGCGGAAAGAAGCAGUCUCCUAUUGACAUCCAGCGGCGCAGCGUCAGACACAACCCAGACAUGUUACAGCUGGAGCUCAGCGGAUAUGAUGCUCAGACGGGAAAAUUUCUCAUGUCCAACAACGGGCACUCUGUUCAAAUCGACCUACCUUCAACUAUGAUGAUCACCAACGGCCUCCCAGGAAAAUACACAGCCGUCCAGAUGCACCUGCACUGGGGCGGCUGGGACCUGGAGGCCAGCGGAGCGGAGCACACCCUAGACGGGAUCCGCUACAUGGCAGAGCUGCACGUGGUCCAUUACAACUCUGACAAGUACACGAGCUUUACAGAAGCCAGAGAUAAGCCAGACGGGCUGGCAGUCCUCGCCUUUUUCUAUGAAGAUGGUCAUUUUGAGAACACCUACUACAGUGAUUUUAUCGCAAACUUGGAGAAAAUCAAGUAUGCCGGUCAGUCCAUGUACAUAUCGAGCCUUGAUGUGCGCUCAAUGCUCCCAGAGAACAUGAACCACUUCUUCAGGUACCAGGGCUCCCUCACCACUCCACCCUGCUACGAGAGCAUCCUCUGGACUGUGUUUGAUACACCCAUCACUCUGUCACACAACCAGAUCAGGAAACUGGAGAGCACCCUGAUGGACAUGGACAACAAGACCCUGUGGAAUGAUUACCGCAUCGCUCAGCCUCUCAAUGGCCGUGUUGUGGAGUCUUCUUUCUUGCCGCGCCUCGGGAAAGGAACAUUUUGUCGGCAAGAUGAAAUAGAAUCCAGGCUCCAGAAGAUUGAGGGUCUGAUAACAUCUAUUGGAAAGAACAUGCAUUCAGGUGGACUUCCCAACUCUAGGCCUACCAUGUAUGAACCUCGCUCUUUGUUUCCUCUGGUGCUCAACUUCCAGGAGAAAAAUUUCGGCGGUCAUGCUUUGGCCAGCCUCAGCCAUCCUAUGGACUUGAACUCCUUCACUGUCUGCAUGCAUGUCCUGCCUCAGGUCGAAGGAGUCCACACCGUCAUCUCCUACUCCAGCAGCGGCAACGACAACGAGCUGAUGAUCUCCCUCGGCGAGGACAGGGACAUGAACGAAGUCGGCCUCUGGAUCGGCAACGAGUUUGUCAACCUGCCGCACAACUUAAAGUCCCAGAGCUGGAAGAACUACUGUGUUACCUGGUCAUCCCACACUGGCGGUGCGGAGCUCUGGAUUAACGGCAUGGUGGGGGAGCCGCGGUACCUCAAAAGCGGUUACACAAUCAGCCCCGGUGGUGUGUUCAUUCUGGGCAAAGACCAGGAUGGCUUGCUGGGAAUCUCCAACACAGAUGCCUUUGUGGGGAAGAUGACUGAUGUCAACGUGUGGGACUAUGUGCUGACCACAGCAGACAUUCGAGACCAAAUGUUGUGUAAGAGCAACAGCACAGCAGUGGGAAAUGUGUUCAGCUGGGGAGCCACUAAACUUAGUAUGUAUGGAGGGGUGCAGCUGGACACUCAAUACAGAUGCUCCUGAAGCACCCACAGCUGCUUCUCUUUGUAUGAGCUUCAACAUGCUAUAAUAGGCCAGAAUGUCACUGUUGAUGGUGAGGAUCUGAAAGGAUUUAUGAUAUCUGUUACAAAGGAUUAUAAUGCUUUUCAGGCACCUGUCAGUCAAUAUUUAAAACAUGUCACAGCUUCCGCCAUGUACUGCAUUCAUAUCUCAUCAAUAAAAGCUUACA